AUGUCGCUCAACCACCCGUUUGACCCUUUAACUCCAAGGGAGAUUGCAAAGGCUGCAGCUAUCGUACGCCAUGCAUUCCCAGGAAAUACCCCCAACUUUCGAGUAAUCACUCUGAAGGAGCCCGCUAAGGCGGAGAUGGUUCGAUUCUUGGAGCACGCGAACCGCGGAGAAAAAGCACGAGAGAGACCUGCGAGAAUUGCUCGUGUUCAGGCGGUUUUUCCUGGGGGCUCGGCCAAUAAGUUCAUUGAACUUUGGGUUGACCUCGACCAAGCUGCAAUUCUGAAAGAGGAACAUCUUAUCGGAAAGCACCCAUACAUCGACUCGGACUAUAUGCAAGCUGUUGAGAAAGCGUGUAUGGCAGACCCCAAAGUCCAGGAACACAUUGCUCAUCUUCAACUACCGGACGGUGCUUCUGUUAUUGUCGAGGCAUGGGCAUAUGCGACAGAUGGCACUAGUGACAUGUCCCAGCAGACCACCAUGUGCUGGUUUUACAUGCGCUUGGUGGAUAAUCCUGACGCAAACUACUACGCGUAUCCACUGGAUGUUUGCGCAGAGAUAUCAGAGGAAUUGGAGGUGACCAAGAUCUAUCAAUUACCUUCCGGUCCCGAUGAUCGUAUUCACGACAAGCCGAAGCCGUUCGACCGCCGAAAGAUCCACGGUGCCGAGACUGAAUAUAGCCCUGGUUUGAGACCUUCACCCCGAACAACGACGAAGCCGUACCAAGUUGUUCAACCCGAAGGUCCUUCGUUCAAGAUACAAGGGAACUACUUGGAAUGGGAAAAGUGGUCUAUGCACAUCGGUUUCAAUUACCGAGAAGGUCUCACCCUUCCCAACGUUCGUUACGACGGCCGUAGCCUCUUUUACCGCUUGUCUCUUGCAGAGAUGUUUGUUCCCUACGGCGACCCUCGGACCCCUUACCCUCGCAAAGCAGCAUUCGAUCUCGGCAAUGACGGAGCGGGAAUCAAUGCCAAUAACCUACGUUUGGGCUGCGACUGCUUAGGUCACAUCAAAUAUUUCGAUGGCUGGCACACGACUACUUCAGGAGACCCUGUGAAGCUCCCGAACGUAAUCUGCUGCCAUGAGCAAGACGACGGGAUCUUGUGGAAACACACAAAUUUCCGGACACAGAAUGCCGUUGUGACACGUUCACGAAUUUUGGUCUUGCAAACUAUCAUCACAGUUAGCAACUACGAAUACAUCUUCGCUUUCCAGUUCGGCCAGGAUGCAUCAAUUCACUACGAGGUUCGGGCUACUGGAAUUCUUUCGACUUGUCCGAUUGAUAUAGGCGACAAGGUACCCUAUGGUACCAUUGUCGCUCCCGGUGUCCUUGCGCCUUAUCACCAAUAUUUGUUUUCUCUUCGCAUGGAUCCUGCAAUCGAUGGCCACAGCAAUUCCUUGCAGGUUGACUCCUACACCAACCCCUUCGGUGUCGGAUAUGUUACACGCUCUUCUAUUGUUGAUAAAGAGGGAGGCUUGGACCUAGAUUUUACCAAGAAUCGCACCUUCAAGAUUAUCAAUGAGGAUGUCAUCAAUCCUGUGACUGGAACCCCUGUCGGUUUCAAGCUGCUUCCUGCCUACAGUCAGAUGUUGCUGGCACACGCCGGUUCAUUCCACUCUAAGCGCUCCGAAUUUGGAAUACACGCUGUGUGGAUCACGCGUUACGACGACGAAGAGCACUUCCCAUCUGGCCGUCACACCAUGCAGUCACUUGGUGGCGAAGGAAUUGCUUCUGCUAUUGAAAGGCGUGCUGGAACCGCAGAUUCCUCGGUACGUGGCAAGGACAUCGUCAUUUGGCACACGUUUGGAUCGACGCACAACCCAAGAAUCGAAGACUGGCCUGUCAUGCCGUCGGAGAAGAUGGUCGUCGGUCUCAAACCAGUUAAUUUCUUCACUGGAAAUCCCGGCCUGGACGUUGCGCUUUCGACACAGGAGAAGAACCGGAGUGUGUUGGUUGGUGGAGGGGACGAUGUAAACUCGAAGUCCAGCUGUUGCAGACUGUGA